GCGCAUUGAGCCUAUACCAGCCUACCCAACCCUGCUGUCCUUAGAAAACCCGGGUUCAGAGUUUGGCUCUCAUACUACCUGCUGCAGCAGCAGGUACCUCAGGAUCCGUGCUCUCCCACCGCCUCCCUACGCACUCCCAGCCAUGUCGUCCAGCACCCGCGUGGCGCUGGUGACCGGGGCCAACAAGGGCAUCGGCUUCGCCAUCGCGCGUGACCUGUGUCGCAAGUUCUCGGGGGACGUGGUGCUCACCGCGCGGAACGAGGCGCGGGGCAAGGCUGCUGUGCAGCAGCUGCAGGCGGAGGGCCUGAGCCCCCGCUUCCACCAGCUGGACAUCGACGACCGGCAGAGCAUUCGCGCCCUGCGCGACUUUCUGCGCAAGGAGUACGGGGGACUGGACGUGCUCAUCAACAAUGCGGGCAUCGCCUUCAAGAAUGCUGACCCAACUCCCUUCCACAUUCAAGCAGAAGUGACAAUGAAAACCAACUUUUUUGGUACCCAAGAUGUCUGCACUGAGCUACUCCCUCUGAUAAAACCCCAAGGCAGAGUGGUGAAUGUAUCCAGCAUGGAGAGCCUCAGGGCCCUGAAAAACUGCAGCCCGGAGCUGCAGCAGAAGUUCCGAAGUGAGGCCAUCACAGAGGAGGAGCUGGUGGGGCUCAUGAACAAGUUUGUAGAAGACACAAAGAAAGGAGUUCAUGCGAAGGAAGGCUGGCCUAAUACUGCAUAUGGGGUGACCAAGAUUGGGGUGACAGUCCUGUCCAGAAUCCAUGCCCGGAAACUCAGCGAGCAGAGGAGAGGGGACAAGAUCCUGCUCAAUGCCUGCUGUCCAGGGUGGGUGAGAACAGACAUGGCUGGGCCAAAAGCCCCCAAGAGCCCAGAAGAAGGAGCAGAGACCCCCGUGUACUUGGCCCUCUUACCCCCAGAUGCAGAGGGGCCUCACGGGCAGUUCGUUCAGGAGAAAAAAGUAGAACAAUGGUGAGCUCAACUCUCUCCUCUUUGCACAGCACCCCUCCCUCUCUUGUCAAGGGCUAUGGACAUUUAUACUAACACAAUUUACUAAUCUAUCACUGGCUAAUUGGUUGACUCGUUAAUCCUUGUGAUUCUGUGAAUUAUUUUAUGAUUCUGUCUGUGAUACAGAAUAAGAAAAGUAAAUUCUGGUAAUAAAUAACUGGUUCUUUAA